AUGGCAGGUCUCAGUGCAGGCUACGACCUAUCCGUUUCGACCUUCUCCCCUGACGGGAGGCUCUACCAAGUAGAAUACAUAUAUAAGGCAAUCAACAAUAACAACACAGCCCUGAGUCUGGAGUGUCGAGAUGGAUUACUCACCUGUUGCGUCAAUUCAAAUAUACUGAAGAAUAAAAUGAUAAAGCAGAAUAGCUACAAUAGAAUCUACCAUGUUAAUAAUAACGUAAUUGUGACGUAUGCAGGAUUGGAUGGAGACGCAAGAAAUAUUAUUGACAGGGCUAAGUAUGAAGCGAACAGUUAUUACCUUAAUUUUCAUACUAAUAUCCCUUUGCACAUUUUAGCGAAUCGUGUUUCUCUUUAUAUUCACUCGUUUACGUUGUACUGGCACUUGAGACCCUUUGCAUCUUCCAUCAUACUGGCGUCAUUCGACGAGAAGGAGAAAGGUGAAAUUUACUGUGUAGAGCCUAACGGAGCUUGCUACAAAUACGCAGGAGUAGUUAUUGGUAAAAACAAGGAGAUAUUUAAAACAGAAAUCGAAAAGAAAAACUACAAAGAAAUUGAUGUAAAGGAAGCCCUCGUGGAUAUAUACAAAAUAAUCUUAACAAGUGACGAUCAUAUGAAUAAGAAUAACUUACCUCACCUGGUUAAUUUUUCUUGGAUUUGCAAAGACUCGUCGUAUGAAUAUCAGAGUGUUGAUUCUGAGACGUUAAACGAAGCCAUGCGUUUGGCCGUGGAGUCGGUGGAGCAGUUGAAUCAGUAG